AUGGAGGUGCCGAGCACGAGCGGCACUCCCGCGGUUUUGCGGUACGUCUACCCUGGCGUGACGCCCAGGAACGGUAGACUCGUGACCGCGGGCGCGGCGACGCUCUUGAGCGGGUGCGAGAUUCGAGACCUGCUCGCGAACGAUGGCGUAGACGUAACGCGCUGGCAGCUGCGCUUCCAGGACAAGAGGAACGAGGGAUGGGCGAGGCUGGAGCCGGACACGAUGAUAGCGUUCGACGAUCCGGACCGGAUGCGCCUCGACGUGGCGCUCGAGCCCGUGCCCAGACCCGCGGACGCGAGGCGGCUCCAAGGCGAAGACGAGCGCGAUGGGUAUUUCGGCAUCGGAGUCGUCGGCGGGAAGAACGAGGCGAACCAAGGGACGCUGUGGCGUUCCGCUUGGACGUGCGGCGCGGCGUUCACGUUCACCGUCGCGCAGAGGUUCGCGAAGUCGUCCGCGGACACGGUCAAGGUGUGGACGUCUCUGCCCGCGUACGCGUACGAGGACUGGGGAGCGUUCGCGUCAGCGCAGCCGCACGCGUGCAGCUGGGUCGCCGUCGAGAUGGGCACGGACGCGACGCCGCUCGAGGAGUUCGAGCACCCAGACCGCGCGAUCUACGUGCUCGGGAGCGAGGACAACGGCCUGCCGUCGAGCGUCUUGCGAGCGUGCGCGCAUCGCGUCGCGCUCCCGGCGGCGGAGGGCCGGACAGCGUCGUUCAACGUCGCCGCGUGCGGGAGCGUCGUCAUGUACGACCGCGUGGCGAAACGGCGAAGAGCAGAGGGAGGGGUCGCGCGGUUGCGACAGGGCGACAGUCUCCCGGGUGGGCGCGUCGGGGUGGAUAGCGCCAAGCCGAGCCAGGUGUUAGCGAGUAGCAAGGCGUAGGACGGCGCCGCGACGGCGAGCUCAACUAGCUACAGUAGGACGCGACUUUUGAUUUGAUAAACGCUUCGCGCG